AUGGAGGAGUCAGUGCUAAAACUAGACGUAGCGCAGGUUAAGAAGGACAUUUUGCUGGCAAUAACCGACUGUUACCAGCGCGGGUUAUUACACACAACAAAAUGGCUGGCGGAAUUAAACUUCUCUCUAAAAAACGUUCCCCCACCCCUGGAAAGCACCCAGGAGCUUCAACUAGUGGAAACUUCCCUAGAAGAAGACACCUACAUCCUGGCAAAAAGCUACUUUGACCUAAAAGAGUACGACCGGGCAGCUCACUUUAUAAAAUCAGGAACGUCCCCAAAGUCCAAGUUCCUGUACUUCUACUCCCGAUACUUAUCAACAGAGAAGAAGAAAAUGGACGACAUGACAGACGUACCUCCCGAUCCGCUAAAAAACGAGGACCUUAAGGCGCUGUGCUCGGAUCUGCGUAACGAGCAUUUAUCCAACAACCUGGACGGGUUCGGACUGUACCUCUACGGAGUGACCCUAAAGAAGCUGAUGCUGACCCGGGAAGCUAUCGACAUCCUGGUGAAGUCAAUCCAUGACUACCCGAUGCACUGGGGAAGCUGGCUGGAGCUGUCCCCGUUGAUCGGCGACCGAGAGAAGCUGGAGAACCUGAUCCUUCCUGACCACUGGAUCAAGAAGUUCUUCAUGGCCCACAUGUACCUGGAGCUCCAGCUGCUGGACGAAGGUCUCGCGCUGUACUACGAGCUCCAGGGGAUGGGCUUCCAGAAGAACGGGUACAUCCUGGCGCAGAUCGCCAUUGCGAUUCACUACAAAAGAGACGCCGAAAAGGCGAUAGAGACCUUCAAGAAGAUCAUCAAGGACGAUCCCUACUGCCUCGACAACAUGGACACUUACUCCAACCUGCUCUACGUCAAGGAGAUGCGUGUCGAGCUCGCCUACCUAGCGCACAGAGCGACAUCUAUCGACAAGUACAGGUUGGAGACCUGCUGCAUCGUGGGCAACUAUUAUAGUUUACGUUCCGACCACCAGAAGGCGGUGAUGUACUUCCACAGGGCGCUGAAGCUCAAUCCUCAGUACCUGUCCGCUUGGACCCUGCUGGGUCAUGAGUUCAUGGAGCUGAAGAACACCAACGGAGCUAUCCAUAGCUACCGCCAGGCGAUUGAGGUCAACAGGAAGGACUACCGGGCCUGGUACGGCCUAGGUCAGACCUAUGAGAUCCUCAAGAUGCCGUUUUAUGGGCUGUAUUACUACAAGCAUGCCCAAAGGCUCAGGCCCCAUGAUAGCAGGAUGAUCCUUGCGCUGGGAGAAGCUUAUGAGAAGCAGGACAAGAUCCAGGAUGCGCUUAAGUGCUACUACAAGGCUUGCAAUGUUGGAGAUAUUGAAGGCAUGGCGCUGAUUAAAUUGGCGACUUUGUAUGAGAACUUGAAUGAGGAGGAACACGCUGCUGCGGCUUACACUGACUUUGUCAUGGACGAAUUCAGGAAUGCGGACAGGAGUGAACUCAGUCAUGCUUACAAGUUCCUGACUCAGUAUCACCUGAAGAAGGAUCAACUGGACCAGGCGAAUCACUAUGCUCAGAAGUGUCUUCAGUUUGAUGAGACCAAGGAAGAAGCCAAGGCUCUGCUGAGGACCAUCGCUCAGAAGAGGAUCACUGUCGAGGAUAUGGUCGUUAUUGAAGAUAUGAACGAGACCGAUCCUGCUGAUGGCAAUCAAAGAACUCCUGCUACCCCUGGGAACCAGAUGGCGCCUAUUAAUCUUUCUUUCACUCCCACCCAGUAG